AUGCAGCGGCUUGCAAGAAAAGGGAUCCUUCGUCCCACAGCACUACUGCGACGGCGCUUUGUGCCUCCAUGGGAGCGCGACGGCAAGUCUGCGGAGGAGUUUUUUUCAGGCCUCAUGCAAAGCGCGAACCCGAUGCUCACGCGUCAGAAGCACAAGGAACGCCGUGAGGAAGCAGAGCGCAGAUCCGUUGAGGAGGCGCCAUCUCCGGCGGAACUUCGGCGCAUCGAGGCAGUUCACGCCCACAAUGAGUCCGUUUUGAAGCAACAGCGGAACUUUCUGCCUUACGGAGCGAAACCCAUUGUUUACUUUGAACGCAAUCAAAUGGCUGCGCUUGGCGAGUACGAAAUGGCGUUGCAGUCGUCGAGUGUCGCGGCGGGUGCUACAGGUUACUCUCCAGCGGUGCAGGGAAUGUUGCUAGCGGAUUUGCAUCAGAAGUUGCCGUACCGGUAUGAGUCGUAUGUUGAGCCUCGUGGUCGCCAAGCGCAGUGGCCAUUGCAUGGUACGGCUGGAGUCGUUCUCGACAUUGACGGUGUUGUUUACCGCUCACACAAACUCAUUGAGGGCUCAGACACUGCAGUUCGUAAGAUGAUGGAGUUGCGUAUUCCAUUGCUUUUCAUGUCAAACGGUGGUGGUAAGUCCGAAGAGGAAAAGGCAAAGGAAUUGUCACAGCUCGUCGGAUGCGAGAUUGAUCCGUUACAGAUUAUUUUUGCCCAAACCCCGAUGCAGUUGCUCGCGCCCCUGUACAAGGAUCAAAACGUGCUGAUCGUUGGCUGCCCGCGCUGCGCCGAGGUGGCAAAGAUGUACGGCUUUAAUCGCGCCAUCUCUGUUCUUCAAUUUCAGGCGGAACAUCCGGAGUUGCUGCCGUACAAAAAGUGGGGCGAACUACAGAAGUGUGAGGCCGGUACGGUUCCAUUUCCGGAAAUAGCGGCUAUCUUCGAGUUUAAUGACCCAGAUGACGUCUUUAGUGAUGCGCAGUCCAUACUGGAUGUUCUCUUGUCUCCACGGGGGCAGGUCGGCCGGUAUGUGUCGAGCACACAGACUAUUCCCUUUUUUCUUUCAUCAGACGACUUGCUCUGGGCGACCGAGGCCCCACUUCCACGCCUCGGUCAGGGUGCCUUCCGUGAAAUGUUGUCUGCUGUCUUUGAGAGUGUGACGGGACAUGGACUACAAGUGACAACGUUUGGAAAACCGCGCGCCAUUGCCUACGCUUUCGCGGAGCGUCGCAUGGAAGAAGUGUCCGCGCGAUUGGGGUGGGACCCGAAGGUCCUCCGCGCCAUCUUCAUGGUGGGCGAUAACAUUGAUACGGAUAUUGUUGGUGCCAAUGCCCGGGGUGGCCGCUGGACGUCGGUUCAUGUCCUUUCCGGCAUCGGCGUUGCCCCCGUCGCACGGCGCACCCUCGCAGAGGGCGACGUGGAGCUCGAGUGGUUAGAGGCGAAUGUCGCCAAAACGCCCCACUACGUCGCACCCACGCUGGAUCACUUCUUUCGGGAACUCUUGGCGUUUCCAGAGUCGGCCAUGCUGCAGAACAAGAAGCCCUACUAUGGAAUGCCGAAUCCUGUAGACCUCCUUGAGACAUACAACUUCCCAACAAGUAACUAA